AUGGCGGACAAGCAAAGUCGAUUUAGUCUUGAUGCCGUGGUUGCUGCAAUAUUGCAGUCCGACAGCGAAAGUGAUUUCUCGGAUACAGAUAAUUCUUCUGAUUUUGAAUGUGAAGAAGUGAAACAAGAUUCAAAUGAGGAUUGCAGUAGUGGUACUGAAGAAAAAAGUGAUGCAGAUUCUGAAACAGGAUUCAAUUGUGGGCCGCAACCGGUUCGUCGUAAAAUGGUAAGGAGCAAUUUGCCUCAAGUCAUUGCUGCUCAAGUUCUCACAGGUAAAAAUGGUCGUAUUUGGUCGCAAACUGCAAAACCAUUAGCACAAACAGCAGCAGAAAAUGUUUUGACUCAAAAACAUGGCCUUACUGCUAUUGGACAAAGAUCCGAAAACUUGCCUGACAGUUUUGCAUUAUUUAUGACUGAAAGAAUGAUUUUUCUUAUAGUGAGAGAGACUAAUCACUAA